UUAAAGGUACGAUGGAUCCGACCUAGUGCCCUAGUCAAGUCAGGCGUGUCUUUCUUAAGAAUUAGAUGCCACUUGUUCCAGUGCCGAACGUCAGGGAUUAAUCUUAAUAGGCUUCUCCCGUCUGCCGCACUCGACAUGUCUUGAGCACGAAUGUAGCCCUCAAACUGAGGAAUUUUCUCGGACUAUGGACAUAAUUUGUUACCUGCUAGUUAUAGUUUUGUUUAAUAUUCAGGCGCGCGAAAUAUAUUCUCAAUGUUUACGCGGUUGCAGCUGUAUAGACGACCGCCAUGGAAGGUCACUCAUAUGUAUGGAGGAGAGCGCUUUUGGGGCCAUACCACGGAAUCUCCCAGAUGAUAUGAACAAAAUACGAAUAGAAAAAUCUCACUUCACUGAAAUACCCAGAGGGGCUUUCUCAAAAACACCCGCCUUGGAGAACUUGUGGCUGAACUUCAAUGAUAUCACAGUGAUAAAUUCAAAGGGUCUGGAGGGUUUAGGGAACUUAACAGAGCUCCGGUUGCAAGGGAACAAGCUACGUUCAGUACCAUGGACAGCGUUCGAGGACACGCCGGCCCUCAAGAUCCUGGACCUGAAGCACAACCAGCUGGACGUCCUGCCGGAGCAUGCGUUAAAAUUUUUGCCAGGUCUGACUUACUUAGACCUUUCUUUCAAUCGGCUUACGGUCAUAUCGAAGGAGGUUUUCCAAAACUGGCCACUGUACCAAAAGCUACAGAGCAUGGAGGAGCGGGAGGCGACCGUGUCCGGGCCGAACGUCGUCCUGGCGCUCCACGACAACGCCUGGCUGUGCGACUGUCGCCUGAAGGGCUUCGUGGAGUUCAUCAGAUCCCUGACACCCCCGAUUAUUCUGAUGAACUCCUACUUGACCUGCUCAGGGCCGGACUUUAGGUCGGGCAAGUUCUUCCACGAGAUAGACCUGCAGGCCUGCGUAAAGCCCGUGGUGAGCACCCCGUCCACAAACAUCAGCCUGCUGCAGGGCGCCAACCUCACCCUGCACUGCCUCGCCAAGGGGAGACCCGACCCAGCUGUAUGGUGGACAUAUGGUCUGAAGAUAAUCAGAGGAUUUCAGGAAUCUCUGGAAAGAGUGGACGAAGACACGUUUAAAUCCCUCCUGGUGAUUCCUUCCCUCCAUGCUGCUGACCGUGGCGUGUACACCUGCACUGCUGUCAACUUCAUCGGAAACUCGUCCGUCAGCGUCCUCCUGGAGGUGCGCUCCACUGACAGCUCCCAGUCACCACACCUCCCAGGCUUCCCGGCUGCACCAGGUGCUGACCAGGAAAAUGUCUACAUUGACAUCCGCAUCGCCAAACAAACGGUGCGUGGAAUCACUAUUGAGUGGUACGCCGCCCUGGAGCGGCCCGCCGAAACCUGGUUCACCAUCCACUUCGGCCGGGCGGACGCUCAUAAAAAAGAAAUGAUCUACAUUGGCCCUGGGAUUCACUCUUACUCUGUUGCCGAUUUGAUGCCUGCCACCAAAUACGAGAUCUGCGUGGCCCUCAAGAACCAGGCGCCACGUCCGGGCCAGUGCAUCAUGUUUGUGACAGGAAGUGACGUUACUGAGAUGGAGCAGAGGGAGAAGCUGAUUCACAUAGUGGUGAUAGUUUUAGCCAUGGUGCUGGCGGUGCCUAUAGGUAUGUACGCCUGCACCACUGACACCAGGUUCGCCUGCGUGGAAGGCGUCAUGCAGCUGUGGAAGAACCGGCGGAGAGGGAGCGGCUCGCCGGGGAGGGAGCGGGAGAGGCAGGGCACCUUCGACAGUCUGCAGGCCGCCAGUGACGAGGGCCUGGUCAAUAAAGAUUCCAGUGAAGAAAGGAAGGUGAGGAGGAGGUCAGAUGACAGACUGUACAAGGGCAAAGCAGACCACAGCAGACUCACAGCUGAACUUUAUUAAAUUAGAAUUUGUUAGACAAACGAGGGCAAACAAGACUCUGACCUUGUACUAGAACAAUGACAACUUUUUUAAAAAAACAGAGCAAAUCUGCUGUAUGCUGACUUUGAUUUUGAUGACAUUCAGAGGACAGUUUUGUCUGCCUUGGUUUUAAUCCUAUCUCUUCCUCUGUUCUAGGCCGGGGAGGUUGUUGCAAAGAUGUGAAUGAUGACCGUUAUGUCAAGAGUGUAAUUCAAGGAUUUGCCGAGUGUAGGGAAUGUGCUGUCCGAAGUAUGACCUGUCUGACUUGUCAUCGUGAUGUGUUUAAAUGUUCAUUCAGUGUUCAAAUCAUUCAUUUUGAAAUUGCUUAAGUUACUUUUCAUGAAGCCUUUGUUGUUGAUUUGAACGUAAAGGAGCUCAAAUGACUGUAGAAAAAUAGUUCUAUGUAUUUGGAUCCACUUCACCUUUGAUUCAUCGUGCAAACAUGAUGUUUUUAGACACACUGGACGUCGAACAAGAAAAUCUUGUUGCUGAUUAUAUAAAUGGAUUGUUAAUGUUGUCAAUGGAAAAAUGUCCUUGUUAAACUUCCUCACGGUAGCGGUGCAUCCAUACUUCAGGGCCUGAUCAGGCGCAUAGACUAAAGAAGACGUUUUCUUACUUUUUCUUACAGUUUUGUACAAAAAGUGUGUAAAUAUCCUGAAUGAGUCAGUUACUAGAUAUAGUCUUGUAAAUAGAAAGUUUCAUUUUAAAUGUAAACAGCUGCUCCUAAAGAAGAAUUAUGAGGCAAAUGUCAAAAUGUCACCAAAAAAAAUUGUACUUUUGUGUCUCUUUUGGGUAGUUUGGUAACACAUACACAAUCUGUAUUUGAAAUAAAUAGAUUUAUUAAUGAAA